UAAGCUUAUGAGCUCCACCACAUAUGUUCCCUGAGCAAUUCCAAGCAACUCUAGCCUGGGAGGCAACAAGAAGCGCGCGUCCAGUCGUCAUAGAAAAUGUCUCGUCGCAGGCAUCCGACAAGACAUUUUCUAUGACGGCUGAUCGUCAUCUAACGCAUGAGUUCCAUGAAGCGUGUAAAACUUGCCGCAUGUAAUAGGUAUAUAUUUGCCGCAAUCGGAUAAGCUUCGGUAGCUCAGUUGGUCAGCGAGCCAGAGACCAAGAGCCGCAAGUCCGUCUUUAAAAUAAUAAUUGGCAGUCAUAAUUAUUUUACCUACCUACUGAAGCUAUAGAGGAUGUUGUCAGUGUUCUGAAUACAUUACACGCUGCUCCGUAUAAAAAUGUCAGAAUUCGCGAUCUCUUAUCAGCGAGGAUUACAAACAAUAUUCAGCUGUCCCAUUCAGGAAACAUAAACCAAAAACACAGCGAAGGUUCCUCUUAUCGAUGUUUAGUACAAUGUACAUUUUUCGGCGGUACAUCCUGUACCGGGAAGUAUAUCUGUUUACCCUAUGACAGGUCGGAGGAAUAUAAAUACGCGCUCGCGGUAUUUCAGCGCACACUUUCUUGCGACUCCUGCGAGCCUGGUACUACGCUGAAUUUAUUUUAAUUCGCUAAAAUGGAUAAAGUAAUUUUACUUUUGUUUGUAAUUUCGGUGUGUAAAGCGUUGCCUCUAGAGGAUGACGACGUAGUUAUAGAAGCAGCGAAUAGCAUAGAUGGUGCUAAUGAUGAUGAUGUAAAGAUCAAUUUGUCACAUCUAGGACCUCAACUAUACGGUUCUCCUAAGAGUGAAAGCGGUAAGUGGUUAAUAAUUGUUUAGGGUUCACUUUUCAUUGUACCUGUAGGUCCCUGUAUGAGCUAAAUUUAACUUAAUGGUUAUUUUGGUUUUACAAAAUGUCUCCCGCUGAUGGCACACAUCCUCCCCUUUAUGUACUGAUAGCAGUGACACAAUACGAUACUUUAUAAACAAGUUUACUUUACGAGUGUUCAUGCUGUGCGUAAUUAAACUAAACAUACCUUAAGUUACUUAAUUAAGGCAUUAAACUCCGCUUGAGUAGACUUGACGGUUAAACGCGCGUCUCAAAUUUUAGGAGCCGUGCUGGAUAAGCUAGCGGCCUUUAGGUAUUUUGUUUCCUUAUCUCCGCGGUUAGAGUAACCCCCGGUUACUCUCUCAGACUGACUAUUUACCUGGCUAAAAUAAUGAUUUAAGCGUAGAAGAUGCGAAGAUGAUGCCUUAAGACAUCUUAUGGUCUAUUCAGGGGUUUAGCAUAGCUAACUAAUUUCAGGGAUCCAAGUUUUGCAUACUUGUUGCUCUUUAGUCUAACAAUGAUUGAUUUCACCGGCAUUAUAUCCACCAUUUGUAUGUUUUCUCAUUUUCUCUGCAAUAAAGUUUAUACAAAUCAGUAAAAAUACGACGCUUAGAUACUUCAACGCCUCAAAGGCUUCGAGCGAUGAUAGAAUUCAUGAAUGACUUUUUCAAAAUUUUGUCUUAAAACCCAAUGUUACAGGUGACGCAGUAGCGAAAUGGAACGAGUCUUCACCCAUGAACCCUGAGGAAAUGGGGGAGUACGCAGAGGGUGAUAUACUCAUCCCAAAGCUGGGCAGGAACGGGAUGAGAGACGAGACCUCACGGUGGCCUAACGGCAUCAUACCUUACGUCAUCGAAGGACGAUACAAUCAAGAACAACGCGACACCAUCAUGAAAGCGAUAGCUGACUACCACCGCUUGACGUGCCUCCGCUUCGUCCCGUACAACGGCCAGAAAGACUACAUCACCAUACAGAGCGGCAAUACCGGGUGCUGGUCCAGCGUUGGACGGAUCGGUGGACGUCAAGAAGUGAACCUGCAGAACCCAGGCUGCGUGUCCAAGAAGGGCACGGUGUUGCACGAACUUUUACACGCUGUGGGAUUUAUGCACGAGCAGAGCCGACCAGAGCGUGAUGACUAUGUGGAUGUGCGCUAUCAGAACAUCAAGUCAGGCUCGGAGAAUAACUUCAAGAAGUCGGAGGCCAAGCACACGAACGACUUCGGCGUGAGUUACGACUACAACAGCGUCAUGCAUUACUCCGAGUACGCCUUCUCCAGCAACGGACGGAAAACUAUCGAGCCCAAGGUUGGCGGAGUGACCCUGGGUCAAAGAGAAGGCUUGAGUCGCGGCGACGUGAAGAAGGUUAACUCCAUGUACAACUGCCAGAAAGAGGAGCCCCAGAGUGGCUGGCUCGGAGCGGUGUGGCAAGGAUUCUUCGGGUAGAUAAGCUAUUAUUUCAAUUAUUCGGUGCUUGCAUUAAUAUGACAAACUAUGUAUAUAAUAACUAUUGACAAACACAUACUGAUGGGCCGUCGGAAAGUUUUCAAACUUGCGUUUCCACAUUGAUUUUUUUUGGAAACAUGCAUACCUACCUAGUUUUGUAUGGAGAUAAUUUCACAGCUUCGUUUAGUUAAUUUCCUAUGAUUUUUUACUGAAAUCAACGAUAAUAUUUUUAACUACAUACUUAUUUUGAAACUUUCUGAAAAUUGCUUAGCUACAACAACAAAUAUCAACUUAUGCCAAUUAGCCCAAUUAUUUGUCUGAAAUCGUAUUAGCAAUACCUACAUAGGUAGGUACUUUACGAUACGUUUGACCACUAAAAAAAUCUAAGUAAGUGAAAUACGCAUGUUCGUGAUAUAAUUUGAUACAGAUGAUCUGUUUACUAAUUUACAAACACGAAUUAUGUACCUAUUUGCGAAACCAUUUUUAUCAUUAGGUAUACUUAUAAGUUAAUUAUGAACAAAAUUAAGUUCAGCUCUUGAUAUUGUUUACAUCGAUUUGUUCAUCGUGACAUACGGCUCCAUUCGACAAGUUUUUAUGACAGUUCGCAACAUGGUGGUCAUAACAGUUUUGUAUUUAAACAUCAUCAUACCUAAAUUAUAGUGAUCUUAAAAAAAUAAUGUCACCAAAUAAUAACAAAUAACAUCAUUUUUUUUUUAUAUUUGCCGUCCAUUAAGUUUGUCUUCUUUUGCAAGCACUAUUGGAAUCCCCUCGAUUUAUAAGUUUUAACUUCAAUGGCUGGGUAUACAUACCUGGUUUUAGAGUUAAAAACAAUAUUUUGUGUCCAAAGAUCUGUUAUUUUAAGUGUGUGCUAGUCCUUAUAUUUUGUACUUGUCUUAUUUAUAUGAAUAAAAAUAAUUAAAAGCUGUUUACCGUCUUUAUUUUACCCACAAACCUACGCUACGUGAUAUAUAAGAAUAAAAUGUUUCCUUUACCCCACCUGAACUAAGUUUAUUUUCCAAGUAGGCAUGAUAUAUUAUAAUGAUCAUCAUCAUAAUGAUACAAUGCUACUAACGUAAUUAAUUUGCCCUUGGGAUAGGACAGUUUAAAACGUAAUAUUACGAACGUCAAAUAAGGUAAACGUACUGGUGCUCGACGUGGUCCCAGUACAUGUCAUCUUGAAACUUAAGUCAUUGUCAAUAGAGGUGACAGCAAGGUGUCAUCUAUUGGGCAUUAGCAUGUCGAGCACUAGUACGUUUACCUUAAUCCUACACCGGCUCUCGCCCUAC